GAUUGAAAAUCUAAAAUUAAGCUCCCUCUUCUCCGCUCACAUCACACUUGCGUCUUCUCCGAUACAAUCGUCUCUGUUUCUUCUUCUGCUUCUUCGUAUGCUCCGUCCGUAAGUCCAUUUUCAACCUAUCCAAUCCAGUCACACCCUUUAAGCCUCGUAAUGCUUGAAUAAUGCAGCCGCCGCUCCUCAUGGUUCUGCAACUACAAUGACCCAGAACUUAUCGCUCCUGCAAUCAGAGGAAGAUAACAAGCCAUAUCCUGGUCCUCGUGGCGGAGGAACGGCCAUGAGAGUGAUUGUGCCUUUACAGGGAGUUGUUCAAGGUAGAGGAGGCCUCUUUUUGGGUUCAGUAAUUCCUUGUGCCCUCUUCUACUUCCUUCAGCUCUACUUCAAGAAAAGCCAUCGUACUCCCCCCAACUCGCCUCCUCCAUCUUCCUCUCCCGACGCCAACUCUUCUUCCCCGUGUUCGCCAUCUACUUCUUCCGAUAAGCUUACAGAGGUCGCUAUUUUGCCCCGCUCGCUUUCUCGAAUUCUUCUAUCGCCCAGGGGUUCGUCCUCCGUGCCGUAUCUCUCCUCUCGGGCCAAUUCCAUCGUUAAGGCCGAAAACUCUCCUUAUAUCCUGCGUCUGCAGAAGGUUAGCGAGGACUCGUACCACCUAACUGAUAAUCCGGAUGGUGUUAUUCAGCUUGGUUUGGCUGAAAACAAGUUAUCUCUGGACUUGGUUCAAGAUUGGCUUGUGGAGAAUGCGAGCGGGGCUAUAUUGGGAGGCCAAGAAGAUUGCAGGGAGUUGAGCAUCAGCGGGAUUACGGCGUACCAACCGCAUGAUGGAUUGACGGAAUUGAAAGUGGCUGUUGCAGGUUUCAUGUCUCAAGUUUUGGAAAAUCCAGUUUUGUUUAACCCCUCUCAAAUGGUACUAACCACAGGCACUACCCCUGCUCUUGAAAUUCUUAGCUUUUGCUUAGCAGAUAGCGGAAAUGCAUUUCUCGUUCCUACACCUCAUAGCCCUGGCUUUGAUAGGGAUAUAAAAUGGCGAACUGGCCUGGAGAUGGUACCUGUUCCCUGCCGCAGCACUGAUAAUUUCAGUUUAAAUAUAACUGUACUUGAUCAAGCCCUCAAGCAGGCAAAGAAACGUGGUCAGAAAGUCCGUGGAAUGAUAAUAACAAAUCCCUCAAAUCCUGUUGGAAAUCUGUUGAACCGGGAAACAUUAUAUAAUCUUCUGGACUUCGCCAGAGAGAAGAACCUCCACAUAAUAUCUAACGAAAUAUUCGCCGGGUCUACUUAUGGUAAUGAGGAGUUUGUGAGCAUGGCAGAAAUCCUGGAAACACAAGAUGCUGACAGAGACAGAGUUCAUAUUGUAUAUGGGUUAUCAAAAGAUCUUUCUGUUCCAGGUUUUAGGGUAGGUGUUAUCUACUCUUAUAACGAGAAUGUCCUGGCCGCAUCUAGAAAACUGGCAAGGUUCUGUUCCAUUUCUGCUCCAACCCAGCGAUUUCUUACCUCCAUGCUUUUAGACACAAGAUUUGUUGAAAAAUUCAAUGAGGUUAAUCGAUCAAGGCUACGGAGAAUGCAUGAUAUGUUUGUGGCAGGUUUGAAGCAGUUGGGGAUUGAGUGCUCUCGAAGUAGUGGUGGAUUUUACUGCUGGGCAGACAUGAGUAAGCUAAUCCGCUCGUACAGUGAGAAAGGAGAGCUUGAGCUGUGGGACAGAUUGUUGAAUGUAUCGAAGAUCAAUGUUACCCCAGGAUCAUGUUGUCACUGCAUUGAACCAGGAUGGUUUCGUUUUUGUUUUACUGCAUUGACUGAAAAUGACAUUCCUGUAGUUAUGGAACGAAUUCGGAGAAUUUCCGAAGCUACAAAGUCCCCCAGUUGAUAUGGCGUCAAUUAUUUGAUGUAAAUCUUGCUAAAUUAUGCAUUCUUUAUUCUUUUGAAGAUGCUCAUAAUUGUUUUAUACUGCUUCUGCUGGAGGCAACAACCAGCAAUUUAGUGACUGUGGAAGUGAAUGAUCAAGAGCCAUGGUGUUUGAUGAGUUGCCGUGAAAUAAUGGAUCGCAAAUUGGAGUGGUAA